AUGGGCACGAACACUCCAUACUACGGGUACACGGACAGAUGGGAUGCGGCAAGUCAACUUUGGUACGUGAAGAGCAAGGGCAACAUAAAGCUUCUUUUCUUCUUCGUCGACAAGAAAACGGGCCAGACCAGCCUCAAGCAACUGCUCUUGACAUUCUGGGACCAGCUCCACCGGGAUCCUUUUGCCGACAACCAUGACGAUGACAGCAGAAUCGCUCCCGGUGAUAGCAGAGAUAAGAAGAUAGACAGGUGUACCAACCGCGAGCUAGUCGAGAAGCUCCUCGAAAAGCUCCACGAAUCCCCCGAGUGCCGUGUCUGCAUCACUGUCGACGCGUUCGAAGAGCUGCCCCUACCCGAGCAGACGGAGCUUCUGGAGAACUUUGUCAAGAGAUGUCGAGACAUCAUACGCGUGUCAACGCUCAUCAGCUACCGCACAGGGAGCGAACCCCGGGAAGCCACGUGGAUCGCGAACCGCGAGAUAUGCGUUGGGAAGACAGAAAACGAGGCAGACAUGCGCAAGUACUUGAUCGAGAGCCUAAGGGAAAAGCUGCCACGAAGUAGGACAAUCGAUAGGGAACAGGGUGAGGAGAACAAUAGGGAGAAGGACGUCAGGGAAGUUGCGGAUGAGAUUUGGGAGCGUGCGAACGGAAUGUUCUUGUGGGCUGCUGUCUCGGUGCACAAAGUUUGGACAGCCCGCAACAGAGAGCAGGCAGAGCUGUCGCUUAGAAAGGUCACCAUCCGGGAUGAUUACGAAGAGAUCGUAGCGAAAUGGGAAGAGAAGACGAUGGCCGUAGUUGGGUGCAGCGAAAACCCUUACCAACGCGCGGGAAUGGAAGAGUGGCAGCGCAGGCUCGCCCAGCAGGCGACAGCAAUGCUCACGCACCCGACAGGCCUGCUCUCAGUGGCCGCGUUAGCUGAGGCUGCGGCGCUCGACAUCGCAAGCAAAAGGAUCGAUGACGAGGUACGUUCGCUGGUGAUGAAGUAUCCAAUGACGGUGGUGUGGUGCUGUAGUCCAUUCGUCGAGUACGACCGACAGUUGAACGUCUUCCGCUUCUACCAUACCUCGAUGCACGACUACUUCCUGAGCCGCCCCGCUAGCGUCGCCCGCCUUGCAAAUCUCACACUUGCCUACCUCUGCCAGCCCGAACUCGAUCGUGGACCUUCAAUAAAAGCCUGCUGGUACGACCUGCGCGACCUCCAGCGCUGCCUCGUCACGCACCCCUAUCUCGAGUUCGCUUCGACCCACUGGGUGACGAGCGUCCGGGCGAACAUGACGAUAAACAUGGACAACGAGGAGCCGACCAAAAGACUCCUCGCAGAGCUCUACCGCUCCCCCGAGAACCUCCGUCUCGCCUUCCAACUCUCCUGCUUCCAAGCCCGCGUCUCCAUGCCAACAGGCCUCCUCCCCGCCCACAUCUUCAGCUACUUCGGCCUCAUCGACCGCCUGCCCAGCAGCAACAACAACAACAUCAUCCCACCCGAGCCCACCGCCGCCGACGCCACCGCCCCCGACGGCGACGGCCGCACCCCCCUCCACUGGGCCAUGCGCUGCCCCGACCCCUCCAAACUCGUCCCCACCGCCACGCGCCUCCUCGCCCUCCACCCCACCCCCACCACGCGCCGCGCCGCCCCCGCCGCCGCCGCCGCCCGAGACGCCCGAGCCUUCACGCCGCUCCACUACGCCGCCCGCCGCGGGCACCUCGCCGCCGUCAAGCUGCUGCUCGACAGCGCCAGCGCCAGCGCCAGCGCCGCCGCGGAUCGCCAGCUCGUCGACGCGCGCAGCAAGCGCGUCGGCACCCCGCUGUGGGCGGCGGCGCGCGGCGGCCACGCCGACGUGGUCGAGGAGCUGCUGCGGCGCGGCGCCGACCCCAACGUCAAGAGCAAGCUCGGGACGGCGCUGCACGCGGCUGCGGCCAGCGGGUCGGAGCGCUGCGUCGAGGUGCUCACGAGCGGCGGCGACGACGGCGACGACGGCUGCCGCCGCAUCAUCAAGGCGCGGCGGGAUGCGUACGGCGAUGGGUUCGGGACGCCGGUGCACACGGCGGCGUAUUAUGGAUACCCGGGGAUCGUGCGGGUCUUGCUGGGGAGGGGGUUCAGCGCGCGCAAGAAGAGCUGGGGGUAUGGCGGCACGGUGACGGCGGCGGCGGUGGGGUGCUACGAGGGGAAGGAUCCGCGGGUGUUCGUGGAGGUGUUGGAGCAGUUGCUGGGAGGGGGGGCCAAGGUCGACGCUCCUGGCGAGAAGCGCGAGACGGGGUUGCAUUACGCGGCGCGGUUCGGGCAUGCGGAGGUGGUGGAGUUCUUGCUGAUGCACGGGGCCGAUGCCAGGGCUGAGAGCCCGGUGGCGGGCACGCCGUUCGAGAUCGCAGACGACAAGGGGAACACGGCUGCGAUGGAGGUCCUCAGAAGGUAUGGUGGCGAGGUCGGGUCGAAGACCCGGAGAAAGACUUGCGAUCGGGGCGGCGGGCACCGUGCGCGGAAGAUGACUACGGCCAUAUGGGUCCCUGUGUGGCUCGUGGCUCUGGCUAACGACGAUAUGAAGCUCAUGUACAACCUGAUCGAGACGUAUGAGCGCGUGUGCCAGCGCGCAAUCCGCAAGGACCACCAGCCCGUCAUCCAACGGCUGGCGCCGCUGGGCACCACUGUCUUCUCGCUGGUAGUGGACCUGGUGGCGAGGAGGGAGCAGCAGCGGCAGCAGCAGCAGCGGCGGCCGAGGAGGGCGAGCAAGAUGUUCAAGCAGACAGACGAGCAUGCGUCCAGCAUGACCGCCGCGAUGAGGCGGCUGAAGGAGAACGCGGCCGACCGCAUCGAGACGGUGCUGUGCUACUUCGGCCUCAAAGCGGUGAAGAACGAGCGGCGCGUAUUGCACUCCUCCGCCAUCCCGUCAUCCUCGACCCUCGGCCCGGACAGCCAGCUAAAGCAACUAUACGACGUGCUCGACCGCCUCACCGUGGCCGCCGUGUGCGUCCUCGGCGCCGCCUUUGCCCUCGGCAACAACAGAGCCGUCCUGCACUUCGCCAACGCGUGGACCGACGCGCUGCAGACCGUCGCCGUCGCCCGCGGCGGCCCCGAACUGCUCAAAGGCCUCGUCGAGCAGCGUGCCAGGCAGCUGAAAACCAUCCUCGUCGCCGACAAGCCCGCCGCCGACAAGCUCAGAGACGCCGGCAACCUGGCCAGCGUCGGCAUCGAGCUCCUCGUCGCGGCGCUCCAGCGCGGGCCCGCGUACGCACCGCUCGCCCGCGGCCUCGCACAGCUGUGGGCCGCCACGCUGUGUGAUGCCGGGGACCCUGCCCGCGGCGGCGUGCGCAUGGAGGAUGUCUUUCACGUGCUCCAGACCUUCCUUGCCAUGUUCCGCGCCGCGCUUGACCCGCCUGAUCGCGAUAGGGUGGCGUUGCUGGCGAACGUGGGUGCGGAGAUCAUGGUUGAAGCCGUGAAUACGGGGAAUCAGGGCUUGAUUGACAAUAUACAGAGCAUGAUGGACGUUGUCAGGGGGGAUGCGGAGCGCGCGGAGAUGGGGCAUGUUGUCGAAGGCGUGCUGGCGGAGCGAAGGAAGGGCAUCGGAGCCGUCGGUGCUCCGGGGGCUGAGGGGGUGGGAGGGAACAGCAGCGUGCUUGGUUGA